AUGCUCAUUCUCCUCCAACGACUCUCAUCACCAGCAAAAUAUGUCUUCCAUACCCUGGUCGCCUACUGGAAAGUGGUCGCAGUACUGGCCGCAAUCAACAUAGUUGAAAUUUACUACCAUAUAAAGGACUACAAGAUCACUCGACCAUCGGCGAAUCUGGAUCCACCGUUCUACACAGGAUGUCAGACACCUAUCUUGAAUACCACAGCUCGGGCGAAUGCGACUAUGAUGAUGCUAGCUAGGAACUCGGACGCAGGAGGAGCGGUAGCAUCAGUCAAGAGUAUACAGGAACAAUUCAACGACAAUUUCCACUACCCGUGGGUAUUCCUCAAUGAUGAGCAUUUCUCGGGAGAGUUCAUGAAGGAGGUUACUAGCGCUGUUGGAGGUAAUGCCGAGGUGUCUUUUCACAGUAUAUCGAAGGACAUGUGGGGGUUUCCGGAAUGGAUCGAUCAGGAAAGAGCGCAGAAGGCGAUGCAUGGUAUGGAGAGUCGGAAGAUCUAUAAUGCUGGGAAGGAGAGCUAUCAUCAUAUGUGUCGGUUUCAAUCUGGAUUCUUCUAUGAUCAUCCAGCUUUAACCUCUUACAAAUGGUACUGGCGUGUAGAACCAGAUAUCCAACUUACCUGCGCAAUAACCUACGACCCAUUCGUCUCGAUGGAUCUCAACAACAAAGUCUACGGCUACACAAUCGCUCUCUGGGAACUCGGCAAAACUGUCCCCUCCCUCUUCCGCAAACUCUCAGAUUAUAAACUCAGGAAACACAUACCGACUACAACAAUCUGGACAGCAAUGGUCGAUCCGUCCUGGGCACCGCUCCCGAUCCGACGCUUCAUCCUACCAUGGUUGAGAAACCGAGACGCCAGAGGAAAUCUAUGGAACAUGUGUCACUUCUGGAGUAAUUUUGAAAUCGCUGAUAUGGAUUUCUUUCGUUCGAGGGAAUAUAGAGAAUUAUUCCAGCUUCUUGACCAGGAUGGCGGCUUUUAUUAUGAGAGGUGGGGUGAUGCUCCUGUGCAUAGUUUGGCGGCUGCUAUGCUGUUGAAGGCUGAGCAGUUACAUCAUUUCUCAGAUGUGGGGUAUGUUCAUAGUAGUUUGCAGUAUUGCGCAUAUGAAUCGAAGAGAGAUGCGUUUGAGAGAGGUCGUUUGGUGCCUGGGAGCAAAGAAGAGAGGGGAGAGAUGUUGGGUUGUAAUUGCAAAUGUGAUGAGGGGAUCGAGAUUAUUGGGUCGACGUGCUUUAAUCGGAUUCGAAGUACGGUUAUGUAG